CUCUUUAAAACCACCACCAGACUCUCUCCUUUAGCCGUUCUAUGAACUGAUACUUCCUAGAAAAAGCAAAGGCACAAAAGGGCCAAGGUGACACUGAUAUUGAUGCCCCUGAGUUGAUGAAGAGUUGGGGCAGCACAGCUAGGGCGCUAUAGGGAGCGACUAAUAUGGAUGAAGAAGAGGUUCAUAUUGCAGUCGGAAAGAACUUCAGAAAGGAGAAGGCUAACAUAUUAUGGGCUGCUGCAAAUUUCCCCAGGGCCACUAUAACCCUUGUCAAUGUUCACUGGCCAUCCAAGUGGAUGCCCUUCAUGGGUGGCAAGGUACUAUACAAGUUUGCAGAUGAAAAGGAGAAAGAGAUGCACAGAGGCAGAGAAACAGAAUCAAUGAUCAGAAUGUUAUCACAAUACAAAGGCAUAUGUGAUACAAGAGAGGUUAGGGCACAUUACCUUACUCACGAUGACAUUCUUGAUGGUCUUGUGAACCUGGUAAAGAAGCUCAAAAUUAAGAGAAUUGUCAUUGGUUCAAGGAAUUUGUCAAAGCAAGCAGUGCUUCGCAAAUGCUGUCAGGUUUUGGUGGUGCUCAAUGGCAAAUACGUGUCCACUAGCAACGAUCAUCUGAAGCAUACUGGAAGCAGUGGAUGUGGGAGGAGCUCUGAAUUGUUGGCAUCUAUACACGAGCUGAGCGACGAAUCUGAUGGAUACACAACACCACUAAGUGAUUUUUAUGUCUCGUUUCAGGAAGAUGAAACCAUGGAUGAGGAUGGGGUGAUUCAAAUGGAUAGUGCUGCUCAAUUAGCAACGGAAGCUGAACACAGCAUUGAGGAAUCAAAUGCUUAUGAGGAGGAGGUGGAAAACAAAUCUGAAGAGGAUGCUGAUCAAUCUGAUGAGAUACAGAGUUCCAGAAAUAUUACUGGAGAGGCUGCAAAAUUGAUGGAGGAAAUGGAAAAACUCCAAAGGAAAUUGAAAGACCUACAAGAUGAGAGCCAUAAUCAUGAAGAAAACAUCUUGUCACCUAGAAAAAUGAUUGACUUGCUGAGGGAGAGGACCUUGUCAAAAAAAAGAUACCCAGAUCUGCAAAUUCCAGAUCACAUUGUGCAGUUCUCCAUGGCGCAUAUUGGAAAAGCGACCAACAACUUCUACUCACAAAAUCUCAUAGGAGAAGGAGGCUAUGGCCCAGUGUACAAAGGGAAACUAGGUGGCAAGGCAGUGGCUAUCAAGUUAUUGAGACCCCAUGGUAAACCCCAUGGUAGACAAGGUUUCCCAGAGUUCCAGCAGGAGGUUGUAGUGCUGGGCAGAAUCGAGCACCCACACAUCGUGAGGCUGAUCGGCGUGUGCCAGGAAUCAUGCGUCCUCGUUUACGAGCACCUCCCCAAUGGCACGCUCAUGGAUGGGAUUGCCAAGGGGCUUCCAUGGAGAGACCGUGUCAGAAUCCUCGCCGAGCAGCGCUCCGCGCUGGCGCACCUCCACUCCAGCCGCCCCCACGCCAUCAUCCAUGCAGACCUGAAGCUGACAAACAUCCUCCUCGAUACCGGCAAUGUGAGCCGGCUAGGAGACUUUGGCACGGCGCGCAUUGUGCAGAUGAAGCCGCUGGAGGAGGACACCAUCUGCAGGCGGACGAACCCAAUGGGAACGAUGGGCUAUAUGGACCCCGUCUUCUUCAUGACCGGCGAGCUCACCACAGAGUCGGACGUGUAUGCUUUCGGUGUGGUGAUCCUGCAGGUGCUCACAGGGCUGCUUGACCUCAAUAUUGUCGAGCAGGUGCAGGAAGCGAUCAAGAUGGACGCUGUGCACGGCCUACUGGACGCCUCUGCCGGGAGCUGGCCAGAGGUGCAGGCAAAGCAGCUCCUGCGGAUCGGACUGAAGUGUUGCAGCCUGGAGCGGAAGCAGCGGCCAACAAUCACCGCCGAUGCCGACUGGAGAUCGCUGGACAUCCUACAGACCAUGAGAACUGCAAGUAAAUCCAGGAAAUGGAGUAAUGGAAGCUGAAGAACCAUGCCAGCACUACAAUGCACCAGCAACUUUCUGCAAAAUGCCAAUAAACACUAGUAGCGUUUCUGUUUUGAAUAGAUUACUAUCUAUGAAUGUCAUUAAUUAGAACAUAAUGUACAAUAGAAAAGGACUGUGUGUUGCUCUCACUGCAAUUUUAGAACAUGUAAAUGGAGUGGCAAUAAUACUCCCUCCGUUCCUAAAUUCUUGUCGUGGUUCAUUGCAAGUUUA